AUGGAAAUUAAAAGUGAGAUUUCAGUUGAAAGACAAGCAAAAAUUGUUGAAGCUAAAAGUUCGUCAAAACCCACUGUGGAAACAGACAGCAUGUACACCAGUCAGAAAAAAACUAGGAACAAUAGCAACAACAACAACAACGGCAACAACAACAACAGCAAUAGUAACAGCAGUAGAAACAGAACCAACAAUUUCAUCAACUGCAACCUCAACUGCAACCUCAACAGCAACCUCAACAGCAACCUCAACAGCAACCUCAACAGCAUCGACAACAUCAACAGCAACAAUUUCAACACCAGCACUAGCAGCAACAGUAACGACAACUUUAAUAGCAAUAACAAUAGCAGCAACGACAACACAAACAACACCAGCAACGACAACAUCAAAAACAACAACAACGACAACACCAGCAGCAGUAACGACAACACAAACAACAACAGCAACAACAACAUCAGAAACAACAGCAACGACAACAUCAGAAACAACAACAACACAAACAACAACAGCAACAACAACAUCAGAAAUAAAGACAACACAAACAACAACAACAUCAGAAACAACAGCAACGAUAACAUCAGCAGCAGCAAUGACAUCGACAACACAAACAACUACAGCAACGACAACAUCAGAAACAACAAAAACAACGACAACACAAACAACUACAGCAACAACAACAUCAGAAACAACAGCAACGAUAACAUCAGCAGCAGCAAUGACAUCGACAACACAAACAACUACAGCAACGACAACAUCAGAAACAACAAAAACAACGACAACACCAGCAGCAGCAACGACAACGACAACACAAACAACAACACAAACAACAACGGCGACGACAAAAGCAAAAAAAUAAGCAUAGCCGGAAAUCCAGAGAACGUUUAUUAUUACGACCAAAAUUAUGAUUUAAAAAACAUUAUCGAAGAACACGAUGACGUUGACGACAUCCUGGUCCCACUAUCCCACAACAACAUCCGCAUCCGACCAGGAAGGAUCAGCAAGCAAGACGCUUGGGUGAUGCAGGAGUUGCAGUAUGCAUUCGAUAAAACGCAGCGUAACGAGGUGGCCUUCCUUGAAAACUCCCAGGUUCAUGUUUCCACUGAAGAUGUAUUCAAAGGUAAAAUCGGGCACGGAUUGAUUCAGCGGCAGUCUUACGUUUUUCGCGUGCGUCCGGAUAUCGUUCACAUGCCCGGGAAUAAAACAUACACGGAAAGGACGUUGUAUGUGCACAGAGGUGACGACGCCAUCGUCCCCUGCUACGACAACAACAUCAAUAUCCUAUCGACCAAGUGGAUUCAGUUCACCUGGAUCAACAACACCAACCAAAAAUUUGAUUACGACGAAGUUCUCUUUGAAAGGGUUUCUUUGACUAACGAUCAAGAAUUGUGGAUAAAAGGAGCCCACUUAAACGACACCGGCAUGUACACCUGUUCAGUUUCAGCAAUCACUACAGAAUUUGACACACCGUUCUAUCUGUACAACGUCAUAAAUGUGUACGUUUACGAGAUGAGCCACAUCUCUCUUGUUUUUCAUUAUUCUUUCCCGUACGUUACCAAAUCAAUGCCAUGCAACCCUAUGUACGAAAAAGAUGUUUUGAAACAAGCUGAAGAACUUCUUUGUCAGAUAAAAGACAAAUGUCGCUACCGAGUUCGCGUCACCUGCGACCAUCCUGCUCCAAGACCUGAAAACCCGUUAAUAGAACCGACAACUGCAAAACCUUCCAACUUCGAUGAUCACAACAAAUUAAAAUUGUCAGGUUUCAUUUUGCAAGAAAAUUCUUUUAAACUGGCCAACUGUUCAGAUUCGUGCACAAUAUUUCAACGGGCCAUGCACGUUUCUAAAGUUCGAUCUGUCGUCAGCGAGGCUUUCGAUCGGCUGAAUCUGCCGAAAGACAUUGACCCUCAAGCGAAUGUCGAAGAAUUUUUCAUCUUCUACUGCAAGCCUGGAUACUUCCUGCACAAAUUCGCCUGCAUUCCAUGCCCACCCGGAACCUACCUUUUGAGGGGAGGUCCCAACGAUAGGUGCAUCAGAUGUGAAACGGACACUUAUCAACUUCAAGUCGGAUCAAAGGAAUGCAUACCAUGUGAGAGAAACAUGUUCACGUUUGGUCUGCUGAGCAGAGAGGCCUCACGAUGCAGUUUUGUGUCGGAACACUUGAUUGUAUCGAACGUGGUUUUUUUCAUUGUCGGAUCUAUUGUAGGAAUUAUCGCUUUGACAGGAUUUACAAUCAACUUGCUCACACAAUUUUUGGCCUGCAUGACAAAAAUCAACGAAAGUGCCACUCAAGUGAGGGAAGAGAAACCUAAAACGGAACUCUUUCAAAUCUUUCCCAUCUUCCAAGGCAAAGAACAGAAACCGGAAACGAUGGACGCUUCCCCAAAAGCUAACUGGAAAAACAAAAUAUUUGACGAUGAACCUAAACCAGAAGAUACACUACGAACCACCACAUUUUUUGAUAUUUUUUUUAAAAAAGCAGAACAACCAGAACAACAAACUUCAAAAAAUAAUAAUCUACCAGCAAACAGGCAGAGUAAAAUUUUUCAAAAGCUGCAGAACUUAUCACAAAGUUUCGACGAAUCGUCAAUUAAUGUGUUGGACAACAGAUCUCACAACAAUUCCAACACACCAACACCAAAAUUUUACCCAAAAAGAGCGAAAAAAAUGAUUUCGCCAUUUGAAAAACAAUUAAUCAAAAAUUCCGAAUGGAAAAAAAAUAAAAAUAACAAUAGAAUUUAUAGAAAAAAAAUCAUGAACAUCUUCACGAAAUUUUUGAAAAAAAUUACUACAUCGUUCCGCGGUGAGUACCACGAAAAGAAAGACUUGUCAUAUAUAUCGAGUACUGAGGUGUACUCAAAGUCUCCAAUGUUUAGGCGCGGGUUGGAAGAAUCUCUCAUGUCACCAGCAAAAAGUGAUUUUGAAAGUUCAUUCAGCAACGUUGUUCCGGCAGUAGAUAAUUCAUCAAAAUUGAAAAACAAAAAAGUGACUGGCUUCUUAAAUCCAGAAAACUCAUACAGAGCAGUCAAAUUAAAACAUGAAAAAAACUUGAGCAAAAAGUUGAAUCAUUCUUUUCUGAAAGAUUCAAAAGACUUCAAGUCUCUGUCGUUUUCUGGCAAAGACGUCCAAUCGCCGUCAAAUGAACUGCAGUCUGCAUUUCAUCAUCCACUAUCUGGUCUUUUCACUGGUUCUCAACUGGCGUACGAUACAAGAGUGCUCCUAAAUAACAGCGCCGCACAGCUCUCCGAGAACGUUUCUCACAUCUCCAUGCUAUCAAAUGAAAAAAUCUCCAAUGAGAAAAACAAUUCAAAAAUAAGAUCAACAAAUCAACUCGCUAAUAACAAACAGAAUUUAUUAAAACAAGACUCUACGUCUAACGAAACAAGAACCCUUAGGCAAGCAUUUAAUGAACUUUUAGAUGAAGUGAAUCAACCGACAUCAAACGAAAAUUUCAUUAAAAAGUUCACAACAUUCGUUGAAUAUCUUGAUGAUGGCAAUAAAAACAUUCCGACAGAUCCAACGAUUUGUUCUCACAAACCCCUCAAACAGAAAUCUUCAGGCGAUUGUCAGUUGAUGAACAGCAAUUUUAAUAAACUGACCAUCAAAAGCAAAAAAAUAAAAUUUUUGAACACGCUAUUUGAAAAUUAUUUGAUUGAACUGAAAAAUGUUUCAACAAAAAAUUCAACUGAAUCGAGGAAUUGUUUGUUGAAUUCACUCAAAGAACAAUAUGCACUUGCCACUAGCAAAUCCAACCGCAAACUUUCAAAACACAAACAACACCACAAAACAAACAAAAACGAGAACAACGUUGAAACUGACGAAAAAAAUCUGCCAAAAGAAGAGGAAAAGCAACAGGAUAACUUUACGGUUCCUUCGGAGCUUCUGAACAAAGCGUUUGACGAACUGAUUGAUGGUUACAAAUGCAAACUGGAUAGGAAGAACAUGAUGAUGAAGAAGAGUAGUCUGUUAGACCUAAUUGAUCAGAAAUCGACUCUCUCAUUAGCGAGAAAUUGCGAUAAAAGCAACAACUUACUUAGUGGGCACGAAAGUGUCGCCUCCUCAAAUCAGGUCUGUUCCGAACUGUCUGGUGUUAUGAUUUCCCUGAAGACCUCUAAAAAUGUUAAAAGUAUAAAAGAAAAGUUUAAAAACCUGGUUAAAGAUUUGGACAAUCCUGAUUUAAUUGUUGAGACCAGUAGCAAAAUAAAAAAUUUGCUGAACAAAGUUGAGAAAAAUUUCAACGACCGAAUGAGCGCGGAGCUAAUGAAGCGAGAAUCUCAAUCAAAAAGAGUCGGUAAGGACGGGACAGAUCACAAAAAUGAAACUUUUGAAGAUGAAAAGUAUUCAAAGCAAGAAAAAACAUCAACAGAGAAAAAUCACAAAAGAUCAAAUACUGGAAAAAAUGUUGAGAGUUCGAAGAAACGAGACCCUUCUCAUCACAAAAUGCAUUCAAUCCCUGCUCGAAAAAUGUCAAAACCAGCCAGUUCACAAAAUUGCAACGACAACAACAGCAGCAGCAACAACAACAAUAAAAACAACAACAACAACGUCGUUAUCGAUAUUUCUAGCAACGAUAACGCCAAAUUCGACAUUACAAAUCACAUGAAUGACGACGCCAGUACAAACCACAAUGCAAGUUACUCAGAUGAAGAUGAUCACAAGAGUAUUGAAAACGUUUCUAAUGGUUCUCUUCAUUUCCAGACAUUCAAAGUUGCCAAUAACGACGACAUAAUAAAAUCUUCCUUUAGUUCAAUUUCUCCAAUAAAUAAAUUAUCCAACCGAUCGCCUCCUACGAGUAUGCCAAAAAUUUCAAACAGUGGCAGAACUACAAGUGCUUCAAGAAACAAAAACAAAGAAAAAACAACAAAACUUAACGCAACAACAACAUCAACAACAAUAACAUCAAUAUUAAAAAAACUAACACCACCAACAACAUUAACAACAAAAUCAACAGCAUCAACAACAACGUCAUCGUCAAUGAAGAUCAUUCCAGUUCCUAGAAACUCCACACGCAAACUGAAGCAAUCGAACUACAUUUAUACAAAUUCUGAAAAUAACAUCAAUAACAUUAAUGUAAAGAACAAUCACAACAACAACAACAGCAACGACAACAAUAAUAACAACAUUAAUAACAACAGUUUUUGCGAUGAUAACCAGAAUUCACGUGCUGUUGAGGUAAAAAUCGUUCGCAAGUACCUUACAAAUGAUCAACUCUACAGUUCUGACAACAACAAUAAUGUCUGUACAGAGAAGCAAAAUAUUUAUAACAACAACAACAACAGUAAUAAUAAUAAUAACAACAACACUUACAACAACAUUUACACAUCCUUCCAUCCUACAAUCACCGCAAGAAAAUCUCGAAUUGAAAAACGAAAUUACAACGAGAGCCUACUCGGAGCUGGCAGAACGAACCAGAGCAAUAUUAGCAACAACAUCAACUACAACAACAGCAACAACAUCAACAACAACAACACAAAUAACAUCAACAACAACAACAGCAGCAGCAACACAAACAACAACACAAACAACAACACAAACACAAGCAACAGGAGAAUGAACGAUAAUGACGCUAGCAAGAGCAAUAAAAUGAAGAUUGCAAAUAAGAAGCGAACUACUCAUUCUGACAAUAAAAUCACCACCAACAGCACCACCACCACCACCACCAACAACAUCACCAAAGAUUUACUCCAUGAUAGUAGGUAUGAUAAGACACCUAUCACUGAUGAGGACGACGAUGAUGAAGAUGUUGAAAGUAGCGACGAUGACGAUUGUAAGAAGGCUGAGUGUGACAACGCCAAUGGUGAUGCUGAUGUCAGCAUACAGAAGUUGAACUUUAACAGGAAGAAUGCUGUGACCCGGACAAAAUUUUUUGUGACGUAA